AAGCAACAAGUUUGAUCGAUUGCACUAAACAGCUCUUCUGGCUCCUCCACCAAAACGUCCACCAACGUUCUACUUUUAUUUUUGUUUGAUCUCGACUCUUCCGGUACGAUCGACUCCUUACAAUUCAUCGUGAUCAUGCAUUCGUUCCAUAGCUCCCGAUGAUGACUAUCUUUCAUAUAGAAUCUGUGAUCAAUCAGAGACCUCCCGCUACCAAUAAAGUCUACAUUUUCGGGAUGCAAAGCCAUUAUCCACUCCUCGUAUUCAUAUCGUUCUGAAUUCGAAUUAGAUUUUUCGAAGAGAAACAGCUUCAAAUGAUCCGUUAUUUCCCGAAUGCAUUCAUCUCGCGAUUCUGUUACCGAGGAGCGAGCAUGUUGAUCUUCUAUAAUGUCCGAGCAUACUUUUGCGUGCGAUAUUUUCGAUUUGUAGGUUGCUUCGUCCCUUUCGGCAUAGUACCAGUCGGGGUACUCUUCGUCCUUCUUUUCCCCUUGCUUCUUUUUCAAUUUAUCUUGAACCGUGAGAACGGAAUGUCCUAUCUUUUGUGGAACCUUGACAAUACGUGUAAUGGUGGCCUUCGCUUUGGUUUUCAUUUGCUUCAUGGUUCUUGCUCUUUUACUUGGUACUUCUAUCGAUAGUUAGGUUUGGUUUGUGCGAGUCGUGCUUGAACUGCAAAAAACGAUAAUGAACAGGAAAAUGAAACGUGAUGGUCGACGACUUUCUUCAAAUCAGACGAAAUUGACAGUAUUUGGAAGUUUGAUAAAAAUUCAUGAAGUGCGCGAACCAGAAGGGGCGCGCCAUAAUAACAAACAAUCCAUCAAUAAGGUUUUACGUACUAUUCGUGAAUCAAUCUAGACGAAUCAGAAUCGAGACAUCGUAUCCGUUUCACACCGUUAUAUUUCGUUAUCGCGCGGGCCAGCAACAGAAAUGUUCACGGAUUUUUUCUUCACGGAAGUCGUCAGAAAAUUUGGAAUUUGAACGAAAUUCUUCUGAUUUUAUUGAAGUCAACAACUAUUCUUCGGUUUGCUACAGAAUCUUUCACAAUUUUACAAAACAGAUAUCAACCGUGACAAGCGAUCAAUCAAGUGAUAUGUUUGCACAGUGAUUACAGUUUUGAAAUUAGAGUGAGGUGCACGAUGAGGAUACACAGUGCGGCUACUUCGUAUAUUGAUGCUCGUCAACUGAAGGAUGAUCCCUUUCGUUGGGGGCCAUCGCCCAUGAAAAAAGGGAGGGAGGGCAAAAGUAAAUCGCGGUCGUUCAGCAAGAUGAUGUCUGCACCUAUACGUAGAGUCGGAAAGCAGUUGUCUAAGCGUUCUAGUAGAACUAUUAUUAACAACAAGAAGGAAAAGUAUGUGUCGGAUAAUCUAAGAAAGCGCGACGAAGAACAAGGAUGGAUCGCCCCAGCCUCUACUUUCGAAACUGAGGAUUCCAUAAGUCCAAGAUCGGUCGGAACUUUCGAAACUGGAGAUAGUACUACCCUCUUGAGUCAGCUCCAACAAGAUGAAGAGGAAGAGGAACGUUGUGAUUCUGGAACAAUGCGUCAUCUCCUACCUAAUCAGUACUUAAAUCUGAAAACACCUAUUCAAAAGCAUUUGGAAGCAGGUGUAAUCUCCGCCUGUAAUAGUGGUAUGGUUCAAGAUGAUAAGGCCCCCAUCGAAACUUUCUCUAACGAAAAUACCCAUGAUAAAUGUAAUUCUCUUCAGAUCCAUGACGUGCAAGUCGCCAUGAUUUGUGGAGACAAUGUGUCAUCGGAAGAUAUUCCAAGUCCAUUGUCAACUGAUACUAAUGCAAUGUUGUCAGAAGACACUACAAGUAAUGAACCUUCAUUUAACGACGAAAUGGCUCUCGAAGAAGUCGUCGUGAUUGGUGGAGACAGUAUGUCAUCGGAAGAUAUUCCAAGUCAAAUGUCAACUGAUACUAAUGCAACGUUGUCGGAAGACAUUACAAGCAUUGAACCAUCAGUAAACGACGAAAAGAAUCUCGAAGAUAUCGAAAAUCCCGUAUCACACACAGUCUCGCAACCAAGUAGAAGUAAUAUUACAUUGGAGGAAGACGAAGAAAUUGACAGCAUGGCUCCUGCUGUUGACUUUUCGCUUUAUCUCGAAGAAGACAACACCGACGAAGAAUUGCUCUCUCUCAGUCAAGUAUCGGCAUCGAAACAGUCAUGUACAGGAAUACUGCCAACAGAGAUUGACAUCGAAAAUGAAAGCGAUCUCUCAACAAGUUCAGACGACUUUGUUUAUCACCAACAGCAGUACCAAGAAGACGACUUGAUUUCAACAAGCUCGCACAAUUCCUAUCUUCGUGCGAUAAGUGACAUCACUGCGUCAGCGAGCAGCAAAACUGAUCGAGUGCCGACCAAAGCCGUUGAUGAUAUCCAGCAAAUCGAGAUUCCCUAUGGGCAUGAAGCAGAAGUCGAAGACUACGAAGAGUACGACGAAGAUUAUCGAGUUUCUUUUUCACCCAGUAGCAAAGUGGACAACGAAGGUUUUCGUGUAUCUUUCCAUCCUAGUAAUGAGUUGAUUCUUCAAGCAAUGGAAGGGGCUUCAUUGAGGGCAAAAGUUGAUAUUGAGCAGGCGACAGCUCGAGCACUGAGCAAAAUAAAUACAGUAACCUCAAAAUCGCGUCAAGAAACUGGUUCCGAAAGGUCACGUCAACGUUUAGAAAGAUCCAAGAACCGUGUGUUGGGUUACUCUUUUCUUCUCCUCUUGUUAUAUGUCAUCAAUGGGAAUUCCCUUAUCCAAUCUCUUUCUUCCUCAAUAGGGAUUGACGACUUUCAAAUACCGGCGAAAGGCCAUUCGGAUCUUACCUUGUGGGUUGAUGAUAAAGUUCUGCACCCUUCAGUUCAAGAUUCAACCUCUGAAAUCUCAAAGAAGUAUGAAAAUGCGCACAACGUUGCUUGCGUUUCGAAAGUUGGGUGCCUAGCGCUUGGAUCUAUAUGAACGGAUCAGGUCAGCCCCGGAAAGAAUAGAAAAAUUGAAAUAAGUGACAUGCAAUGUGGGAUCUUGACCGCAUGAACUACUUCAAACAGUCUACAUAGCAUGACAUCAGACACACAGGGGCGCACUCGAAGGGACUACAAGUCCAUAACAUAAUGUAUAGAAAAUAAUUAUUUUUGAGACUG